AUGCAACAAUCUAAUCAAAAUGUUGAAAAUGAGCAACCGAAUGCGGCGGCUCCGCAUGAUGAUGAGCAACAAGCACCGGCGAGACGACCGAAAAGCUGGCAUGAGCACAUUUUUGCGGUGCUCGACUAUUUCUCGACAGAGAGUGCUUUAACAUUAUAUUUGUUGAUACAUUGGAUUAUCUCGUGUGCAAUUAUAAUCAAAUUUCCCGAAAAUGACACGAUUUCUUUCAUCGCAUUCGUUUACUUUGUCUCACUGUUAUUCGCGUUUAUAUCAAUAAUGUCGCGCACAAAUAUCUACUUGCUUCCGUUAAUUCUGUUCACAGCUUUUGGAAUUGUGAUAUUAUUCAUGCUCAUUUAUUUCUCGCUAAUUUUCGAGCAAAAAGCUUAUCUAAUGGUGAAUAUUUGUAAUCGAGAAGGGCUGAUUGAAGUUUGCAAGGUGAUCCAGGAAUCGAACAAGGUCCAACUGUUAAUCAUCCUCAUCGCUCUCGAUAUUUUCUUCCUGCUAACGUCCAUGGCAAUUUCGCGACAAGUCGUUCGAAAUUCCAUUCCACUUCCACCGCAUCAUCCAAACGCCUUCUAUCUUUAUCCGAAUAUGGUUCCUCAUCCAACUGUAAUUGUGGGACCUGUUGAUUUAGAUGAGCCGCCCAGGUAUUCUGUUAUUGAGCAAGUCACCCAAACAAAUCCGCCACCAAGACCGAAUGUGAAUACCGAAACGUCGCCGCCGCGAUACAGCUACUGGGAGCGAACAUUCGGCAAAAAGAAGCCUCCAACCGCGACGCCGCCCAAAUUCCGCUCGUCGCUGACAUCGUCGCUGUCGCAAUGCACCACACAACCAACAGAUAGCACUAAACACCAUUAA